CCGUAUUUGACAGGUGUGAUGAUGUCGCCAACAAGGGUACCACGGCGACCGACAACGGACGACAGUCUACUUUACUCCUUGUGUACUUUCUAGGGUUAAACGUAAUGAAAUGCUGCUUAGUUUUGAACAUAACGUCACCCUCGGCAGUUACACCGGACGGGACAGGACUGAAGCCGAUGAAUGUAGCUUAGCAGCUUGCUAGCCAUCCGCGGAGAAAGUGGCCAUUGUUUGAGUUGUUGGCUAACAUGGCAACGGAAGCUAAUGUUAGCAGCGUCGGUUAGACGGGCUUCACUACCGUAUCAUUGCAGAAGAUACUGUGGUGGUCAUCCUGCAUGAUGUGUGACGGUCGUGGAGCCAGCAAGCAGUGCCUGUCCCUCUCUCCCUCAUCUUGGGCCAGCCCUCCGAUUUAACCAUCUCACCCUAAAAUCUCUCUCCUAACCAGCCAAGAUGACCGACAGGAAGGAGCCACCCUUCUUUAAUGACGACAGUGUGGGAGCUUUUCACUAUAAGCUCCCUUUCUAUGACACUAUGGAGCUCUUCAUAGAGACCCUGACAGGGACCUGUUUUGAGCUGCGCGUGUUGCCCUUUGAGGCUGUCAUUUCAGUCAAGGCAAAGAUCCAGAGGCUGGAAGGUAUCCCGGUUGCCCAGCAACACCUUAUCUGGAACAAUCUGGAGCUGGAUGAUGAACAUUGUCUGCAUGACUAUGGCAUUUCAGAGGGCUGCACUUUGAAACUGGUCUUAGCAAUGAGGGGAGGCCCUAUUAACACCAGGAGAGUAACCAUGGAGGAUCCUAUCAAAGAGGUGGCUGACCUGAUGGAGAACACAAAGGAGGAGGGCUGGGAGAAAAGCCUGUCCAAUAAACAGGUCACAUUUGUGGUGUAUCGUGAGGGUGACCAGCUAAACUUUUUCAGAGUGGUCGACAGGGGAGAUGGCACCCUGACCCCGCUGUCUGAAUCUCUGAGCGGUGGCUCUGUGUACAAUGUGUGUGCAGAGGAGGAGGAGGAUGGAGAGAGUUCUGCAGCUGCACAGCAGAGCCUUGAGAACUCAAUCACCAUGAACAAAAUGAAGCUACUCAAAGCCAAGAUGGAGGACAUGAACCUCAACAAGAAGCCGAAGAAGUCAGCAAAGGUAAAACAACGGCCUCCCGUCAGCGCACAUCACUUCAGUAGCUCUCUAGGACCUUCCAGCACACGACACCAUCAUCGCAUCUUUCGGUCGCUCCCCCAGGUCAACCAGCCUUGGCGGUCUAAUGCACAACUACCUCCAAUUGCAGACCAUAAACCUGGGGACCCCUCCUCGCCCUCCGCUGCUACAACAUCUACCCACUUGUCCAUUCCUAGACGACCCCCUCCCUCUUUCUCCUCACCUUCUUGUUAUAUGCUUCAGGAGGAGGAGCCAUGGGAGACAUCCCCACCAUUUGCAAAGAUCCGCCCCCCUCCCAAAGUGUCCCGGUUAGACAUUGGCAGCACCAGGUUGAUGAGGGACUGUGUGUACCCUCAGCUCCCUCCACUGUGUAUCAGGGGGCCACCUGAAGCCAACUUUGACCCAGCUGAGCCUGUGGCAGAGGUGGUCGGGCUUGGUUUGUUAGAGGAAGCUGCUGGACUCGUGGUGCCAACACAACCUGGAGCACCAUUUGGGGAACUGUCAGACCCUCUGAGUCUGGAUGUGUCCACCCAGCCAGAGGGAGGUCGUCGGUCCUUCGAGGUUGGGGCUCAGCACCAGCUGCCACUCUCCCCUUCCCCUCUCAACACCUGGACACUUGGGACAAACGAUACUCUCACCAGCAGAGCUGAUAGGACGCAGCUUGGCACAUCGUUUCACAUCAACCCUCCCUCUCCGUUACCCACCUGCUCCUCACCAUCUACUUGUACCAGACCGCUGCCUCAGCCUUUUGAUUCCUCUGUCUCCUGUUUACAGCCCCAACUUCAAGCACAAUCCUCAGCACAAGUGAAGCCAGGCGACACAUCUCUACACCCCUCCACCACAAUCCAUCCGCCACGCCUUCGUGGUGUUAAAGUGGAGUCACCUGGCAAGAGGCCAGAGCUUAUUUCCAAGAGUGAAGCAAGAGGCAUCACUAAGAUGGCCAACCAAGCCUGUAAGGAGCCACUGGGAUCCCUGAAUAACUCUGAACUCACGGCUUCUCUGUCUACAAGGGCUCCCAACAGUGGCAACAGCAGGGACUGCCUUGGAGAGAGUCUGGGACUUGCACUGGCAUUACCUCCUGCCACUGCCUCAGGACAGGGCAGCCUUGGCUCCAGGCUGCCAUCCAUCCCAGCUAACGGGCUCCUUCAGGAUGAUCUCAUCAGACAAAUGUCACCGUUGCACCGGGCAGCAGCCUCUUACAUGGCCACCAACAGUCUUGCGUCAGCGGGGGGAGUCAUGACUUCAUUCGGGAGAAUUGGCACUCCAGCGUACCACCUACCUCCAGUCAAGGCUCCCACAGGCACCAAGAAGAAGAGCUCAAAGCACUGCUUCCUCUGUGGCAAGAAGACCGGCCUGGCCACCAGCUACGAGUGCAGGUGUGGUCACAACUUCUGUGCCACCCAUCGCUACGCAGAGACACAUGAGUGCACCUACGACUACAAGAGUGCCGGACGGCGAUAUCUGCAAGAGACUAACCCUCUUAUCAGUGCUCCCAAGCUGCCUAAGAUCUAGACCCGACGAGCCUCGCCUCUCAUAAGGGACGACCUGAAGAGCUGCAGGUCAAGCGGACUGAAUGGUAGAGAUUCAAGCAGAAAGAAGGAACUUAUUCACCACUGUGUGCUUUUUUUAAUCCGCCAAGUUUGCUUCAGAUUUAAAUCCAAUAUUCUGUAAAGCCAAGUGUGAACAAACGAGCGCAGACUGAAAUGGCACAGAACUACUUUUCACCUUUUGACAAUGUGAAGAUGUUUAUCCUUUUUAUCUGUUACCUUGUUCUUUUUCCAUUGCCUAAAAACAAAACAAACAAAAAAAACCUGUGCAUGUAUGUAGGUAGUUUUUGCUAAAUAUAUCUGCUGCACGUUCAGACAUAUCUAUUUUUAGUUUUGUCAGCCUUUUUUAUUUUAUUUUAAAUAGGACCGCUGAUGACUUUUAAUUCGACAAGUCUUUGACAGAUGCACUUUAGAACUAUCAUAUUUAUACAUUUGACUUUCGUUAUUGCUGGGGGGGGCGGAUUCUUAACUUUCUGUGUUUGUCUUAUGAAGUGUUUAUGUUGUCGUCAUCCAGAUUUUUAUAUUCUGCACCUCUGAACGUCUUUCUUACAUGGGCACAUACAUACUGACAUCACUAAUGAAAUAUUUCCUAAAAGAGAACAGUACACCCACUUAUUGAUGAAAUACUUAAUAUUUAUUAAUGAAUACUACUUAUUUAUAUUCAAGGUUGGUUUUAAAUAGAAAGUAUGCAAUGUGUGUAGGUGUGAAUGUCAGUUGUAAUCUGUAAUCCUAUCAAGUAAAGUGUAUUAGGAUUUGGAAUUUGGUUACGGUAUUUAUGAUGUGUCUAUAAGUAAGGUGGUUGCCAUAAAAAAAUCUUUUGUAAGUCUUUUUUAUUGCUCAGCUGUUGCAAAAACUAAAAUGCUGUUAUAGUAUCUACAGGGGUUUGAUCUAAUAAAGUUUCUUUCCGUACAUACUGUA